AUGAAACAAGCAACUGAGGUCCAAGAUUUUGAAAAAAUAAUCAGUACUUUGCUUGAAACACUAAAAGAAUUGGGUGAAAACGUGGAAAGGCAGAAAAUGGCAGCAAUAGGAUCCAUGAAUCUUUUAAAAUCAGUAACAAAGCAAAGAGAGAAUGAACAAGCUAUAUUACAAAAUCAAAUAAGUGAAAGAUCCAUGCUUCUGGAACAGUUGGACAGCGAAUACGAUUCUUUGCAGAUAUUAGAAGCGAGUCAGACAGAAACAUUAGAGUAUUUGACAUCACUUCGU